CUUGCCCAGCAAUUUCAGAUUUGUUUUCACACUCGAACUGAAUAAACGAGAAAGAAAUCAGAGAAAUGGAAUCGGAUGACUUGUCGUUUCUAGAGAUCUCCGGAGAAGAUGAUUCGCUGUUGCCGCUGCAAAAGAUCCUUAAUGACAACGCGACAAGUUUCGAUAAGACCUAUUUCACUUGUUCGCCUCUGCUAAUCCCCAGAUCUAAGCGUUCCGUUCAUCCCCCCUCGCCUCUUGUUUCUCCAAUUGCAGGAGUGACGAGCAAGGAGAAUGAAGAAAAUCUAAGUUUAUCAUCACAUAGUGAUAGUGUUAAUGAAGGGAAUACAAGCUUAAACAAACCGGAAGUGCCAAAACUCAGUAUAGAGCCCCAGCAAAUGAAGAGGAAGAAGAAGGGUGGAGGGUACAAUUUGCGCAAAAGCUUAGCAUGGAACCAAGCUUUCUUUACUGAAGAAGGUGUUUUGGAUCCUUGGGAGUUGUCUUUAAUUAGUGGUGACAUUGGUAAGUCUAGUGGGCCGCUGUUGCCAGUUAUUGAUGAAGAUCGGAGCGAAUCAUUGGUGGCUGAAUCAGAAGAUCUGACAGCUCUUGAAGAAAAUUUGUAUAAGGAGUUGCCAGCAAGUACUAUAAAGGAGGAUAGAAAGUGUGGCAGUACAUCAUUGCCAAAGAAGGGUGCAUCCACUGGAGUUAAUUGUAUUGUAGCAUCAACUUCAGCGGCUAAGCAAAAGGUGCUUUCAGCUCAAGAUGUUAAUAGAUGUGGAUCUAAACGCAGUGGUUGCCCAAGACCUGCGGCUUCAUCUACAUAUCCUUUUGAUGACAUCAUACAAUAUAGUGGGAGAGUUUUGUGGUUUUUAGAAAUUUACUAGAGUUGGGUAGUUGGUCUGUCUCUCUUUAUCUAUUAAAUUGGAGAGUAGUUGGUCUUAACUUCUUUGAACUGUGAAAAGGCCUGCGACUGUCAACAAAACUAAAGCAGCAACUAAAGAAUUAAACAUGCCAAAGAUACCAGUCCGAAAACAAGAUCCCUCUGUUCAUACUGCAACUGUUAAAACCAUUAUUGAGGGAGUCAGCAACAUAAAGCAGAAUCAGAAUG